AUGUCUGAGUCCAGGAAGCAAACCCUGGUUCGCUUUACGCCUGAGGCCUUCAACCAGUAUGACGAUGAAGUCACUAAGGUCAUUAAAGAGGAUACGGGAACCGAUGAAUUUAUCGCACAGCCUAGCUACCCUCCAAUUUAUCAUCCUCCGCCAUUGACUACGGAGGCUAUUAACAUGUUGAAGAGUUUCACUGGUGUCGAGGUGGUUAUUCUCGACGAUGAAGAGUGA